AUGAUAUACAAAGAACGUUUUCCAUAAAUUCAUAAAACAAAUGAAUUAUCCAUCGCUAUGUAUUACACUUGAAUACAGUUUUGCCGUAUAUUUUACAUGUUUUGUUUAGAUUUUUUUUUUAUGAUUAAAAACCAGACUUUUUUUAUGAACAAUAUUUAAGAAAAUAUUUAUCUAUGUUGUGUGUUAAUAUAUACAACAUUAUAUUGUGCUUAUAAGACUUAUGAUUGUGAGGGUCAAAUUUUACUCAUAUAAAAUCACAUCUAUGAAAGAGUUAUCGGAGAACUUGUAUUUACCACUCCCGUAUUCCCCCGAAAUAAAACAUAAAAAUCUGGAGUCUUAAUCUUAAAAAACAAAGAUCAACUAAUAUGACAAAUAAUAAGGACUGAGAGGGUCAGAGCUAUAUGAGAAUGUGACUCCCCCCCGGCCUUGUUAGAGGUAUCUGAAAAUUUGAAUUUUCUUUUCCACGAAAUCAAACAAAAAGAAUUGAUAGGUGGAAGAAUCCUACUACAUGGGGCCAACCCAAAUAUAAAGUAUGGUAGAUUCUGUUGUAUACUUUCCGCUUAUACAUGAAGUCUAUAUGAAACCUAAUGAAAUUUGACCUAGAGCCUCCAGUCUAAAUCGUCAACUUUAAAAAAAACAAAACAAAAAAAAACAUCAUUUACAGCAGUGCCAACCAUUUUUCCAGCACCAAGUAAGAUAGUGCCCAGGUUUAUGUAUAUAUCCACUCGGAGAAUAUUUCAUUUUUUUUUAAAUUGGUAAAGUCAUUAAUGGACAAUGACUCCUAUAACUUAUAAUAAGAAGCCAAUAGACCAGUUUCACAUAAGCGACUUAUCAACCCUGCUCUCGAAAUCAAAUGCGCGUUUUAGUUUAAAUCCCGCGAUAAUUAACGAUAUCAUACGUGACAGGGGGCUAACUUACCCGAAUAAUUCGGUCGGUAUAUUCCGCUGAUCUACGAUUGCUUCAUUAACGCAAGUAGGAGAGAUCGAUUACGGGGAGGGACUGAAUCAUUCGGGUUAGGGGCUAUCCAAUUUACCCUUAUAUUUGGCAGCACAAUAAUAAAUACCGAUAAUACACAUCUCUCUCUUGGUGUGUGCUGGAGGCAGGUAAACAGAUGAUACCAGUACACAGUAUGUUUGUCACGGCGAACGUAGCUAUUAUGUAUUGUACAUAUACAGGGAUUUUAAACGUGUAGAAAGACAUGCACAUUAGAUUUUUGUAACAAAUGAUGUAGUUUUUUUUUAAUUUUUAUUAUACAGCUGUCAUUACUUAUAUUGAUUAACCAGCAUGCGUUCAUGUAUACAUUUACUUCCUCAUAACAUAUUGUAUUUCAACGCUCUAACAUUUUGAGUGUCUCUAAGAACAGGUCUUCCAACACAUCAAUAUACCUGAUGUGCCUGAGUACAAAACGCUUGAAUCAAAUAUUUAACAGAUUUCUACAUACUCAAGGCCUGACAGAUCAAGAUACACAGAUGAAACACUAGAUGACAUAAAGUUCAGUUUUACAACACAAAAGUUUACUUGAAAGCUAAGUCGUUUACAGUCCAGACUUUAACCUGAAUAAUGAGAGUAUCAACACCAUGGUUUAUAGCAGGAGUUGUAGGCUUGUUUUUUCUACUUUUCAUGAUGUUUUAUGCCAGAAAUUCCAGUUUAAAUCAAUAUCCGAUAUCAAAUCUAGAUAUUUCUUCUCCUGUUGUUAGAGGGGCUUUUAAUGAAGACAGAAAACAAGUUGUUUUCAUGCAACAAUUUCAACCACAAAAAAUAAAUCAAAACAGGUUAGCACAAUUUGAUUAUAAAAAGGCCAUGAAGGAACUCAUAGACAGGAAUACAGCUGCUGAUGAUAAGACAUUGGUGACAAUGAUAAGGAACUAUUACAUUGAACAACCUUCUACAGAACCAUACAACUUAGAUAUUCCAGAUAGACUGGAGUAUUCCAAUGGACAGACACCAUUCAUAGAUAGUAGGCUCAAUUACAUAGAAGGAGGUUUUUAUGUAGAAUGUGGUGGACUAAAUGGAGAAAAAGGAUCCAACACAUUUUUCUUUGAAAAAGUCAGGAAAUGGAAUGGUUUACUGAUUGAGGCAGAUCCCACUAAUUAUGCAGCAUUAAAAUCAAAACAUAGAAAAGCUUUCUCAGUGAAUGCUUGCCUAAGUCCUAAAUCUACUCCAGCAAAGCUGACAUUUAACAAAGCGUUUAACAGAGGAAGAAUAGUACAUGAUAAGGAUGCACGAGAUUGGAUUAAAAAACAACACAUAGCUUCAGAUCCAGUAGAAAUAGAAUGUUUUCCAUUUUAUUCCUUCAUGCUAGCACUGAAUAGAACAACAAUAGACUUCUUCAGUUUAGAUGUAGAAGGAGAUGAGCUUAAUGUAUUAAAAACAAUUCCUUUUGAAAAAUUAAACAUAAAAAUGUUGGCAGUGGAGUAUGUUCAUGAAAGGGGGGGGCAUAACCAGUUACAGAGAUUCAUGGAAAGUAAAGGCUACGACACAUUGUUAAAAAUGCAGAGAGAUGAUGGGGGUGUAAAUGAUUUAAUAUUCAGAAAAAAGGGGUUAAAGCAUUAAUGUUUAAAAUUGUGGAAAGCUAAUGAUAUGAUAUUUGUGAAGACUAGAAAAUCAAUCAGUUUAUAUUAUGCUAGAUGAGUAAGACUUUCUAUUGAAAGGAAAGGAAUGCUAAAACAAAUGUUGAGAUUGUAAGGCCAGAAUAAGUCCAUUCAUUAUGAUUGCAUUGUCAAAUUUAAGAGAUGUCAUAUUUUCUAAUAUUUUUAGAUUAUCUGGCCCAAAGUUAUGGGUUAUACUUAUAUGAGCUAUUUCCAUCAAUGAUCACUUGGCAUCUCAUUUCAUUACAUUUGUUCUAAGAUCUUCCCCAAAACUACUGAACCAAUUGAAAUCAAUUUUGACAUGAUUGAUUCUUUGGGUAUCUAGAUCAUUGAAAAUUAUAGGUUGUUCCAUUAACCAACAUGUGUACUGUAGAUAGAAAUUGAUCAUAAGGUAAAGAGAACAAUGCUGAAAAAUCUGACAAAUGAAAAUUUUCAGAAUGUCGGGAUAUAUUUACCUUCCAUUUAUACAAAAAUUAUCAGAUGUCUCCUUAUACUAAGGGUAAGUGUCUGUAAACGACUAUUUUUGACCAAUUAUAGCAUUUUGUGCCUUUUAUCUGGUGCAGUAAAAUUUGUAACUUUGUGAUAUGUCUACCUAUUUUCUUGAAAACUUAUAGACAGAUAUAAACUGUACAUGACUAAAACUACAAAUUGACUCUUUGUAGAAGUUAUUGCCUUUUAUAACUCGCAUCUUUAAAGACAGAAAUUCAAAUCAACAAAAAUGUUCAGCAAUGCAAGAUUUAAAAAAUACCCAAAUGACUGAAACCAUAUAUUCCUUGAAGCAAUUACUGUCCUUAAAUGGCUGUUUUUUACCAUUAUUUGCAUGUAUUGAUCCAAUGUUUAAACCUAACUUUGCUUAAAUGAUCCUUAGUGUUAUAAGAUAUAAGAUAGUGAAUUAUAAAUGAUUUAUCAACCAAUAUGGCUACAAUGACUAAAAGUACAACACAAAGGCAAGGUGCAAUAUUUGUCAAAUGCCAUGAAAACUGUAGUUAAUAUGACAAUCUUGCAGGGACAAAAACAAAUUCGAAAAGUAAAGAUCUACUGUUAUUCUAUCAAAAUUGUCAGAUGAUUCCUUCUUGGAUUUGUUGUCCUAAAAUGACGAUUUUUAUGAAUUUAAGACUUUUUGGGGUAUUCUGAAAACAAUAAAGGAAAGAGAAAAAAAUGAUAACAGCAAAAUUAAUAAACAAGGAAAUUAAGACCUAUAAAUCAUUUUCUUGGUUAUUAAUAUGAUGACUACUUAAUGGAAAGUUAUAUUUUUUGAAAGGGGGAGAUCAUUGGAGAUUUUGCUUAUGGUAUUUUUUAUCCUGAUUUUAAUGUAGAUAUCAGUACGGCAUGUGACUGCCAGAUGGGCAAUUCAGACAUCUAGUAGUUAUUUUUUGAAAUUAUAUCUUUAUAGUAGUAAACUUUGUCUAUAGAAUUAUGUGAUAAAUCAUUUUGAGUUAAUAAGAGUGCCAUUGUGUUAGUGAAUAGAUAUUAUAUGAGAUGCCAAAUACUCAACGAACAUACUCUUAUGUUUCAAAAGGAGUUCUGAGCACUAAAAUAUUUUUCUUUGAUUUUUUAUUGAAAAGCUAGUCAGAUAGAUACAUUUACUUUACAAUGCUUCUGCUUUUAGUUGUAUUAUUAUUUAUUUUCUUUAUUGUUUUGUAGAUGGUGCUAACUUGUUACAUUUUUUAGCAAUUAUGUUUUUCAAAUAAUUACUGAUAAUCUCACUUUGUUAGUAACAUAUGGAUCUGAGGGGAGAUAACUUAAAUUCUCCUUGUUGCUGAACAACUACCAUAGUUAACUUUGAGAAAGUAGAUGUAAAUUCUUUAUAAUUUUGCUUAAGCUUAUAUAGCAUACACAAUUAGAUACAAUUUGACAAUUAAUUUAAAGAGUUCCCUUCUUCAGCUGCAUAGUGACUAGUUUCACAAAAUGAGUUCAUAAACUUGAGGAGACCUAAUUAAAAUCUCAGGCUGUUGACAAUCCUCUUUAAAUAAAUACAGAAAUAGACUAAAUAAAAUGAAAUUGUUAUGACUGGCAUAAGGUGUGUUUCAAGCUUUUAGAGUAACAAUGUCUGUAAGAACUAAGUUCUAGCAAAACACUGGAUUUUUUCAGUCACAAUCUAUAUAUAUCUUGUAUAACCUUGGCUAUCUGCAUUUUACAGUUCAAAACAAUCCUUUUAAAGUCCUUAUCCUGUAGAAAUCAAAUAAACCUAUUAUUACCAGGUUAGCUUAUAUUGCUAUCAUGUGUGUCAGUUUUCACCAGACAGAAACAGAGCAUAGUACCUUAUUUCACAGUAAUUUAAAAAUCACUUAAGUUAUAUACAUUUGAUUAGGGAAAAAAUGCAAAUAAGUCUUGUAUUUAGUAUUGUAAAUGUGUGUAUAGGUAAUCAACAGUUAAUGUUUGCACUGAAUGUAGUAAAUGAGGAAAAAGAUAGUACGCUUUUGGUUUUACUUUUCACAGCUAAUACACAGGGAAAUUUCACUCACAUAAAUUUCAUGCAAAUCUCACAUGAAAUUUACGUGAAUUUCACCUCAAAUGAGCUUAUACGUGAAACUCACGUGAAAUCAGUUUCAGGUGAAUUUCGUGAAUUUUGAAAAUGAAGCUAUUCAAAUAACAUCUAAAUUUUCAAAUUUAAUAAAAAUCAUGAAAAAUACCAAAUUUGUUUAUGUAAAGUUGAUGUGAAAUUCAUGUGAGAUUCAAGUGAAUCUCAAUUCACGUGAAAUUCACAUAAAAAUUUUCAUGUGAGUUUCAUGUAUAAGCUCAUUGAUGUGAAUUUCAUGUGAAAUUUUGCCCAUGAAUUUCAUGUGAGAUUCAUGUGAAAUUCAUGUGAGCAAAAUUUGCCUGUGUAUUGCAUAUUCUGAUUAAGUCUAAGUCAUAAGUCCUGUUCCAUGAAAACAUACAAGGGACCCAAGGAAUGUACUUUAAAAAUCUCUGAUAUGGGUGGGUAAAUAUCAGCUGCAUUCAUUAUAUAAAGCUAGCCUUGGUUGUAUAGAAGGUAAUAUUCAUAACUAAGUUCUUCAAGAUUUAUGUCAGUCCAUCUUAGCGUUUCAUUAUUUUGGGCAGGUGAGACAAAUUUCUGUUUUAUCUGUUUUAACAGGUUUUCCGUGUUUUUCUUUGUAUAUAUAUUUUUUUGUUAUGCUUCAUUUAGCAGUUUGUUUGUAUUAUAUAAUGCCAUAUAGAAUUACAACUCAUGAUUUUACUGUUGCAAUCAAAUUUUAAAUCAUCAUUUUGUGAAAUGUUGUUUUUGUUGUUUACAUAUUUGUAAAUUGAUUCUGUUCAGGAGAUAGUUGGCAUUGUAAUUUAGGAGCAGUUAGAGAUGUAUAAUUAAUAUAUUGAUACAUUGUAUAUAAUUAAUAUAUUGAUACAUUGUAUGAGUAUCAUGAAAUAUUUGAAAUCUUUUCAUUUUAAUCGUGUAUCCAGUACUUCCAGUAUAUAUGUAAAAAAAGACAAAUGAGAUUUAUGUCUUUAAUUAAUAUGAUAUGUUUUAGCUUAAUGUAAGAAUUUUUACCUAUUUGAGAUUAGUGAUACUGUGGAUUCAUUUAUACUUUUAGGGUAUCAUAUUUUGGGGAUUGAGGACAGAUUGAAAUUGUCUUGGUAUUGCCAAAGUCAUUAUACAAGCAUAAAGAAAAUUUAUACUUUGUUGAACAUGUGGUAUACCUAUAUCCACCAAAAUUGUUACCCCACAAAUAAUAAUAUAGCAUGGCAAGUUACAGUACUGUGUAUCCUUGUAAAUCAACAAGUAUUAGUCCUAAACCAAAACAAGGAUAUUAUUAGUUACAUAGUGUGCUAUCUUAACAUGUGGUAUUGAGACUAGUGGCCUAUCAAAGUGAUCAAGUCUUCAAUACUGUUAGUAUUAAGAACCUACUUCCAUUGGUCUAUCCAAAAAAAUGCCCAUGAUAACGACUUGUUAGCUUUAAAUGUGUUUUAGGAAUUUAUUUCAAUCGUUCAUCAUCAAUUUCUUCGUCUGUUAAAACCUUUAAGAUUUUUCGUCAACACCGUGUUGUUUUUAUAAAGGGACGUAACACCACUUCUAAUCGUGUAUUGAAAUAAGCCCCGCCUACUAACCCAAUAGAAUAUACACGGUCUCCAUGCGGUUGCUUUUAACCAAUCAUAUUCCUAGAAAUGUAUAGGAGGUAAGAUAAUAUACCUUGAUCUGAUUUGAUGGAGUUUUAUUCCCCGAGGGUAUCACCAGCCCAGUAGUCAGCACUUCUGUGUUGACAUGAAUUAUCAUUGAUAUGGUCAUAAUUAUUAAUUAAUUAUUUACAAAACUUUACAUUUUUGAAAUACUAAGGCUUUUCAACCUCGGGAAUAGAUUACCUUAGCUGUAUUUGGCAAAACUUUUAGGAAUUUUUGGUCCUCAAUGCUCUUCAACUUCGUACUUGAUUUGGCCUUUUUUUUAACUUUUUUUUAUUCCAGCGUUUCUGAUGAGUCUUUUGUAUAUGAAACGCGCAUCUGGCGCAAAUACAAAAUUUCAAUCCUGGUAUCUAUGAUGAGUUUAUUGAUAAAUUUUUGUUGAUUUAAAUUUAGAAGGACAUUCAUUUGUGUGUAUGAGUUGUUUUAUUAUUUAAUUCCUAGUUCCAAAAAUUAUGUUCCUUUAGAAAUAUUAGGGAUGGAGGCUUUUUAUUGAGUUAUUAUGGCAAAGUAAAAAAGAAUGAAAAAAAUUAGAAAACUGAUUACCUAACAAUAACUUUGAUUUAUUUUUGAUUUUUUUAACUUACUUUGUGGUAAUACAGUGUUUGAUAAUUUUGAUAUUUUAUUUCAUUGUAUUUUCAUUUUAGGGUAAUAUUUAUAUAUAUUUAUAAUUAUUCAUUCACACAGCCAUACAAAACAGGUCUGUAUGUGAUACCAUUAGAAUCAGUAGGAAAUCUAAUACAUCUGAAGAUAUACAAUUGAUUGGUUUUAGUUCAAAUUUAUUGCCAAUCCAAUGAUACUUUUCCACAGAUUCACCUGCAAGUUACCUGUCGAUUUGAACUUUUGUAAGUUCUUUUGUCCCAUCUAAUAAAUACAAUAGCUAUUGUUCUCUGUGUAGUUAUUUGAUGGGACCUUUAAAUUUAUUCCAAGAGAAAUCUAUCACUCACUGAUUUUUUUAAAAUUUACCUGAACAAAAAAUUGAACUGUCAAUAACGAAAAUACAUGUACAAAUACUAAAUAAGGACUCAAAAAACUGCAUAUGGUGUUGUAUUUAUUCAAUAUCAAUAAUUCAUUUUUAAUAGUUUCAAUAUAAACACAGAUUCAAAAAUUAAAAGUUGAUUUCUGAACAAUUUUUUUUAUAUUUUCCCUAUUAAAAUUUGCUUUUUUUUGUGUGUUUGACAAAUAAAAACUUGAAAAUUAUUGUGUUUUAAUUAAGGUCUUGAUAAAUGUAUUCUAUAACUGAACAACAACAAAAACAUGCAAAUUCAUUGGAACAAUACUAAAAAUUUUGUCAGAAGUAAACUUUUUAUAAUUAAAUCAGUGUUUAUAUUGAACAGAUUGAAAAUAUAUUUUUGAUAUUGGUUAAAUACAAUAUUGCAUGCAGUUUAUGCGAGUUUAUACAACUAUUUCCCCCAAAAAAGAAGGUUAUUUUUUGGUCAGGUAAAUUAAUCAAUGAGUGAUAGAUUUAUCCUAGAAGAAAUUUAAAGAUCCCAGUGAAAAAAAUACACAGAGAACAAUAGCGAUUGUAUUUAUUCAAUAGGACAAGAGAAUAGACAAAAGAUUAAAUACCCUGGUCAAGAGCAGACGACUCUGUGGAAAACUUUCAUUUGGUUCGCAAUAAAGAAUUGGUGAUAGUGGUAGUCAUAGGAUGAAAUCUCUGUAUUUUCCAAGUCAACAUAUAUAAGCUUCCACCAAAGUUAUAUUUUUUUUUUCGUGUUUCUUGUUGUGAGUCAUAGAUUAUUGUGUUAAAUUUUAUGUUAUUGAAAUUGAAUACUUGAUGAAUGACCUUUGUCAUUGAGCCAUAGUAGGGAAGUUGUUAUGAGACUACUUUAAUUUUUGCAACUGUCUUGCCAUUGGUAAAUCAUUAAGAAUGCUGUUUAUUUUUGUUGCCAUAUUUAGUCAUUAAAAUGUAUACUACAAUA